AUGUGCAUCUUCGUCUUCAUUAAGUGCUCAUGUCCGCAAUUGCUGGCUGUCAAACACCUCGAGUGCCUUCACUAUGCCGUGGGACCGUCGGAUGGAGCCGAUCUGGGAGUCCAGAUUCAAGGUGCAUUGUUGCCUCCCAUCCCGCUGGAAGCCCCACCUCCUGAGCCACCCUUGCGCGUUCCUUUGAAGCCUGCCAAGGCCUCAGAAGUUCUCUACACCGAGAAACUUUCGUAUGAGCGUAAGGCAGCUUGCAAGAAGUGGGUGGCCAUCAUAGCUGUAUGCUCUUCUGUUUGGCAAAUAGCCCAGUUUGGUUUCGGUGCACCCGCCUUGCGAUACGCACAAGGCGGCCUUGUUGAGCAUGUGAAGGACGCCCUCGCCUCAAGGGCCACGAGCACUCUGCACACCCGGGCUGGCCCUAUGCUCAGGUACAUCCAAUUUUCAGUGCAAGAGGGACUGAAAGGAGUGUCCGAGGUCUUGGCGUCGGGGAGGAUCAGCGGGGCAGCUGACUCCCACUACAUCAACCGUGCUAAGGUGAACCUGCCUGCUCCUGCCCACGGAGGUGGCUGGUCCACGCGCCCCGUCGGUGUUGGAUCGGCUGCUCUUUGGCUUCGGAAUCUCUUGAAGAACACCGUCGCCCGGGGCGAUGUGGCUCUAGGCACUCAUUCCUGCAAGGCGACUCUUCUUUUGUGCAUGAGCAAGCGAGGCCUUCCCCGCGGCCCGCGUCGCCUCCUGGGCUACCACGUCAGCAAGGGUGACAGCAGUAUGGUCAUCUAUUCCAGGGAUGCCAUGGCCAGUCCAUUGCGCCUCAUGUGCUCGAUGUUGAAAGAGGUUAAGAAUGACCUUUUCUUUCCGGCCCGACGUUACUCGAAGUGGCAUGCUCGUGAACCCUGGUGCAGCUCCCGGAAGAGGUCCCGGAAAGCCCCGAGCCUGUGCACAGCGACUCCAAUGAGGGAGCCGAUGCCGUGGCUGGCCCAUGGGGUGAUGAUGACCCCUCAGAUUCCGAGCCCCGCUUCCGGUUCUCUCGCUGCAUCCACAAGGUUCUCGAAGAAGGAGGGAACAAGCUACGUUGCGGCCGUGUCCCACAACAUGGAGCUCCUGAGUGAGAGGCCGCGAUGUGCCAGUUUUGCAGUGAAGGCCGAGGAGGUGAACCAAAAGGUGUAUGGGCGAGCUGGGAAACCGCUCUUGGUCACAUACUCCCAUGUUGUCCUGGUCACGUUUGCCGGCACAUGA